UUCUUCAAUUGGAUUUCUCUGUGGGCGGGGCCUAGUGGCGCCGCCUCCGGGCCUCAGCUUCGCUCGUUCCCGAGCGGAUUGUUUGUUGUCAAAAUGGAGUUCCUGCUUGGCAAUCCGUUCAGCACUCCGGUGGGCCAGUGCAUAGAGAGAGCCACAGAUGGAGGCCUACAGAAUGAAGACUGGUCCCUCAACAUGGAAAUCUGUGACAUCAUAAAUGAGACAGAAGAGGGGCCAAAAGAUGCGAUGCGGGCGCUGAAGAAGAGACUCAGCGGCAAUAAGAACUACAGAGAAGUGAUGCUGGGGCUAACUGUGUUGGAGACAUGCGUGAAGAACUGUGGCCACAGGUUUCAUGUGCACGUGGCCAACAGAGAUUUCAUAGAUGGAGUACUGGUCAAAAUUAUCUCUCCAAAGUCCAAUCCUCCAACCAUUGUACAAGACAAAGUACUGUCCCUCAUACAGGCCUGGGCUGACGCCUUCAGGAGUAGCCCUGAUCUAACCGGGGUGGUCCACAUUUAUGAGGAGCUGAAGAGGAAGGGCAUUGAGUUCCCAAUGGCAGACCUAGAUGCAUUGUCUCCAAUCCACACACCGCAAAGGGGUACACCAGAAGUGGACCCAGCCAUGAGCAAGUACCUGGCCCCCUCCUCGCCUGCUGCAGGCGCUCCUAAGCCUGCCGUGACCCCUGCCCCGUGCUCUGCCACGCAGGUCUCCCACAUCCCCGGCCCCAUCACUGCAACCCCUGAACAGAUCGCCCGGCUGCGCAGUGAACUGGAUGUAGUGAGAGGAAACAUCAAAGUCAUGUCAGAGAUGCUAACAGAGAUGGUCCCUGGCCAAGAGGACGCUUCUGACCUUGAGUUACUGCAGGAGCUGAACGGGACGUGCAGGGCUAUGCAGCAGAGAGUGGUUGAGCUGAUUUCAUGCGUUUCUAACGAGGAAGUCACCGAGGAGCUGCUACAUGUCAAUGAUGACCUCAACAACAUUUUCCUCCGAUAUGAGAGGUAUGAGAGGUACAGGUCGGGUAGAGCUGCACAGAACAACGGGAUGUUGUCCGAGGCCACCGAGGACAACCUGAUAGACCUUGGUCCAGGCUCACCUUCUGUGGUUACGCCAAGGAUCACGUCCAGCCCUCCACCCUGCUCCACUGCUGGAGCCACUGCUGGAGCCACCGCUGGAGCCGCUGCUCCCCCAGCUCCCAACCCCACUGCCGCCUCACUGUCCACUGCACUAGCUAGCCUUGAUGUAGGUUCAGACAGUGUGAGCGGCACGCUGUCCUCUCUAUCAGGCCGUGACCAGGAUGACUUUGACAUGUUUGCGCAGACCAGGAGCAGCUCUCUGGCUGAACAACGUAAAAAUGUAAAGUAUGAGGACCCACAGGCUCUGGGUGGUCUGGCGUCAGCUUUGGAUGUAAGACAGCAGAAUGCAGGAGGGCUGAGGGUUAAAGGGGAUGAUAACCCAGCAGAUCAGGAGCUGCCCAUAGACAGCUGGCUUAUUACCCAAGGAAUGAUCCCCGUAUCGCAGUCCUCUGUCAUGGAUGACAUAGAGGAGUGGCUCUGUGCUGACGUGAAAGGAGAUGGAGCUGAGGAAGGGGUGACCAGUGAAGAGUUUGACAAAUUCCUUGAGGAGCGAGCCAAGGCAGCAGACACCCCUCCAUCCCCCCCAGGAGCUGACCCUGCCCUCCCAGCUCGUGCCACUAGCAGCAACCACAAGAAAGCUGAACGGGCGGAAGAUUCACUCUUUGCCUUGUAGACUGUUUUCAGAAAAGCUUAAUGUCUCUAUUGGGCAUCUAAAGGUCUCUGCCCCAAACCAUUACCAGAAUGGUUACAUCACUGACUGGUAGUGGUGUAGUAAGUGAUCUCCGCCUCCUUGUCGCUCUCAUGCCACAGUGUUGCUCUAGCAUACAGAGGUCCAACAUGUUUACUGUGCACUGCUGUGUUGCAUUUUUACUAUAUGGAUGUAUUAAUCUGUUAGUGUUGGAUGUACUACCUGUAGACCUGAAUCUCAUUUGUACCGCUCCACCAAAGGAAGACAACCUGAACUGUCUGACAUGAUCUUAAAAUGUGGUAUAUUACUGCAUGAUUGAUGGAGACGUUCACUGCGGAUCUGUACUUUGUUAGUAUGGAAGCAUAACAUUAGGACUACAUUGUGGUAUUUUACUGCACCGACCUAAUUGCUAAUUUAAGCAUUUGUUGUUUUAAUGGCUUGUUAUAUAUUAUGUAACUAGCUCUGUGGUUAUGGUCGAGCUCUGCAUUUAUUUUUAGCUACAAAUAUUUCCAGAAGAGUCCUGGUAAUGCUUUUAAUGUGCUGCUUUUAGCGAUGUAAAGAAACGGCUCAUGCCAACUAGAGUAUGAUUAUAACAGCUAAAUCAUAGCUAAUCUAUGUGUAUGCUAGCAUUCCUUUAAAAGAAAGGGAAUAAAAAAACUAACACACCUAUAAAGCACCAGUUAAGAUUCUCAGUUAUGUUUUAAAUGGCUAAUCGAGCGGCAGGUGGCAUGAAAAAUGUCCACUGGUCUUUUCAACUCCUGAGAAGCUAAAACAAAUUGCAAAAGGUUUAUUUUGCAAUUGGGUUUUCAAUUGCAGCCACAUUCAACAAUUCCAAAGACUAUUAAGGCUUUAAAGACCAACUGUAACUUGAUUUUAUGUGUAAUUAAAGUACACGUUUCUAAAUGUUAAGGGAUGAUGAACGUUCUCCUGCUACAACUAAUGUCUGUGCACUUUGAAGCAAGUAUUUUGUCCUUUUUGUUUACAAGAUUGUUAAUAUUUUUCUAGGGAUGGGAUGGGAACUGGUGUUUAGAAUAACUUCAUUAUGCACAUAACUUUUCUAGCAAGUGUAAGUGCUGAUCAUGUUGACGCAGAAGUAGAUGGACGGUUGAACUUAUAACUGCAAAGUUUUUGAUGGCAUUAGAAACAUGCAAGUCAAAUCAUGGUGUUUCAGUUAUUGAAUGACUUCAUGGCACCAUAAUUGACAAACUAUACAGCAAAGCAAAGGCGCUGUUGUCACUCAAAAUGUGCUUAUACCUCAAAAUACAGGACUUUGUUUUUGUACUUGGCUAAAAAUGUAUUGGCUUAUAAUUUUCCUUAAGAAAGAGGUUCAUGUGUUAUUUGAUCCCCUCAUUGUAUUUUAUAGUUCACAUAAAAAGAAAACAUGUUUGUGUUUAGUUUUCUUGAUAGUUUUGUGGUUCAGGCUGAAGCAUGCAUCAGACCAACAUUAUUGUACUUCAUCUUUGUUUUAUGUAGUCAAAGCAAUAUUUUGAUUCCACUUUUGAUUAAUUUGUUCUUGUUGGACCUGCUGCCCAGCAGCUGUUACUGACUGACUGUAGUUUGUCCUGGGUGUACUUAAGAUCACACUUUGAGGCAAAACACAAUCCUGCCUUCAUUCCAUCUCUUUUUGCUGAUGCGUUGGUUUGUUUUAACUUACACAGCAAUUAAAGCUUGUUUUCCAUUCAAUUUAAGAACCUUGUCAAUCAGAUACAGUCCAUUUAAAAAAGUUGUGAAGACCUAAAUAUUGCCCAUAUUGUCAGACUAUAUUCAUUGUGUAAUACUUGUUGAGACAUAUGCAAUGCUCAUGUUGAUAAUCUGUUUGUGUACGUAAUCAUAAUAAUUAUUUAAAUGUAUUUUAGUUGAUGAGCUUUAACUUGUUUUUAAUGCCUCGUGGCUAUAAAGGGUUAAUAUGGUUGCCAGGUAAUUGAUUAAUUAAUUACAAGAUGCCGGCUGAAUGGAGAUGACUAAUUGGGAACUUAAUUUCCUGUGAUUGUGUGUUGCCUAUCUCUGAAUCUGUAACAGAGUAUUGUGUUACUUGCUUUUAUGAAGCUUAGGUCCUGUUUGCAAUGGUUACUGAAUGUCUUUUAAUACUGACAAGGCAGAAACCUCUGAACCUGAAAGGUUUGUUUCCUGCUGGUGGAUGUCUUAUGUCUGUUCGGCUGUGCAUUGCGCUGCCAUUACUAAUGGUCAGAUUUUUGACCUAACGCACAUGUAACUGGCCAAUAAAACACUAGCAACGUGUGACCUCUA